AUGAAGUUCACUGCUGCUACCUUGGCCGUGCUCGCGGCCGCCAGCACCGCCGCUGCCAAGCCGCUCCUCGACCAGCUCUCAAACCUCGACCCGGCUCAGCUCGCCCAGCUCGGUCAGCAGUACGCCAACAAAGGUCAAGAGCUCGCCGCCUGCGCCAGCGCCGGAACCCAACUCUCCUGCCACGCAUCCUACGACAUCCCUCCCACGUCUGCCGGAUCGUGCUGCUUCAACGGAGCCCUGGUUUCCGGUGGCAAGCAGAGCGGACUCAUCCUUAGCACCUCCUUCUGGACGACCAAUGCACCAGACCCGGCCAACAACGGUCCCAAGGAUUCCACCACCAUCCACGGUCUGUGGCCCGACUACUGCGAUGGAACCUACCCUCAGUUCUGCUCCUCCAUCAGUGGGAUUCCGGAGUACACGGGAGAACAGAUCGAGGCGGUGAUGCAAAAGUACGAUCCUGCUCUGUACGCUUACUACCAGACCUACUUCAAAGACCUCGAUGGAGACAGUGCCGACUUCCUCUCUCACGAGUACAACAAGCACGGAACUUGCUACACCACCAUGCGUUCGCAAUGCCAGCCCCAACUCCCCUGGAUCUCCCAGGCUGACUUUGCCGUUCUCAACUACUUCCGUCAGAUCGCUCACAAGUUCCAAGAACGUCCCACGUACAACAUCCUCCAAUCCGCCGGAAUCACCCCGAGUUCGUCCCAGAACUACACACUCGUUCAGGUCCAACAGGCCCUCAAGAACGCUCACGGUGCCACGCCGUUUGUCGGCUGCAACAAGAAGGGCGAGAUGAACGAAUUCUGGUACUUUUGGAACGUCAGAGGUCAGGUCAACUUCGGUCUUUACGAAGCGGUUGAAUCGACCACCAAGUCGACGUGCCCUCAGAGCUUGAAGUACCUUCCCAAGCCUUGA